GAUGAUACAAACUUAUCUCCGCCGUUUCCCAUUCUUACAAGAGUAGCGUGUAGGAACUGUUGGCCAUUUCUUUUCUCUCUAUCUUCUUCCACCUUUGUACUGGAAAAAAGGAAGACCGUUUCAGUUGCAUAAUAUUGUACUGAUCCCUUUCUCUCUCUCCCUUGGAUCUCUUUGUGGCUUGGUUUGUCUGUGUGUGUGUUUUUAUGUGUGUUCUCCCAUCAUGAUUCCAGCCUAUCGCCACUCAGUAUCUUCUGUUAUGCCUCUGGAUCUUAAUGAAGAUCAAAACCACGAGUUCUUCAGUCCAAUUCAUCACCCUUCCUCUUCGUUUUCUUCUCUAUCUUCAUCAUAUCCUAUUCUCUUCAACCCGCCAAAUCAAGAUCAAGAAGCUCGAUCAUACUACUGGGAAACAACAAAGCACUUACCAAGUCAUGAAGAAGAGGCUGAGAAGAUUAUCCCUACUAGUGGAUCAUGGGGUCACUCGGUGGAAGAAAGUGAGCAUAAGGUGACAGUUUGGAGAAAAGAAGAGAGGAAUGAAAAUCUUGCUGAAGAUGGUUCGGUGAAGUGGAUGCCUUCGAAGAUGAGAAUUAUGCGGAAGAUGUUGGUGUCCAAUCAAACUGAUGCAUACACUUCAGACAACAACACUACGCACAAGUUUGAUGAUCAUAAACAACAACUGUCGUCACCGCUUGGAAUUGAUGAUAACAGCAGCAACAACUAUUCAGACAAAAGUAACAACAGUAUUGUUAGGGUUUGUUCUGAUUGCCACACCACCAAGACUCCUCUAUGGAGGAGUGGACCAAGAGGCCCCAAGUCGCUUUGCAAUGCCUGCGGAAUUCGACAAAGGAAGGCAAGACGAGCCAUGGCAGCUGCUGCGGCGGCAGCAUUGGGAGAUGGAGCAGUUAUUGUGGAAGCUGAGAAAUCUGUGAAGGGAAAGAAGUUGCAGAAGAAGAAAGAGAAGAAGACAAGAAUUGAGGGUGCAGCUCAGAUGAAAAUGAAGCGGAAGCUUGGAGUUGGAGCAAAGGCAUCACAAAGUAGAAACAAGUUUGGUUUUGAGGAUUUGACAUUGCGCUUGAGAAAGAACUUGGCUAUGCAUCAAGUUUUCCCUCAGGACGAGAAGGAGGCUGCGAUCCUCCUCAUGGCUUUAUCUUAUGGCCUUGUUCAUUGAUGAACCUUAAUAGCUAGCUAGAGCUACCACCGCUUCACUUAAUUUCAGAUCGUUAAUUAAUUAGGUUAAUUUCUUGUCUUGCUGUCUUAUGACUAGCUAGUUUUUGUUAGAUUAUUAUUAUUGUGUGAGAUCAAUGGUUUGAGUUAUAUGUGCGAGAAGAGUAUGUAAUAUUGCAGUACUAGCUAGUUAGUUAGGAAAGGGGAGGGAAAAUAAAGUUACAUGGGUGUGGGGGUGAUCUUAUGUACUUCAUAUAAUAUUAUGUCUGAUUUGAACAAGUUGAGGACCAAAAAGUGUGGGUCUCUUCUUGAUGUAUCUUAAAAAUUAAGUUCAAUAAAAUUUACAAGCUGGGUUUUGUAUA